AUGUUCACGUUUACGCCGCUUCUUGGUGCUCAGUCAUCGUCAUCCAAAGCGUCGCAAUCAAUUUUGGAGUUCGAUGGCGGGAUCAAGAUCCUCGUUGACGUGGGUUGGGAUGACACCUUCGAUCCUCUAGUCCUGCAAGAACUGGAAAAACACGUACCGACUCUCUCCCUCAUCCUCCUCACUCAUGCGACCCCUGCGCAUAUCGGCGCCUUCGUUCAUUGUUGCAAAACAUUCCCUCUAUUUACCCAGAUCCCGGUCUACGCCACAAGCCCCGUCAUCGCGCUCGGUCGCACUCUUCUGCAGGACCUAUACGCAUCUGCCCCGUUAGCAGCAACCUUCCUCCCCAAGGCCUCGAUAUCGGAACCAGGCGCGGGCACGUCUGCGGCAUCUGCCGGAGCGACAGCCACAGAAGGCGAAGGCAGCGCGGAUGCCCCCCACCCCAGUCGCAUCCUUCUCCAGCCCCCGACCAACGAAGAAAUCGCCAGAUAUUUCUCCCUCAUCCACCCUCUGAAAUACUCGCAGCCGCACCAGCCUUCGCCGUCGCCGUUCUCGCCGCCACUGAACGGUCUGACGCUCACUGCCUACAAUGCGGGUCACACGGUCGGAGGCACGAUAUGGCACAUACAACAUGGCAUGGAGUCUAUUGUUUAUGCGGUCGACUGGAACCAAGCGCGGGAGAGUGUCGUGGCAGGAGCUGCGUGGUUCGGAGGGCCGGGAGCCAGCGGCACGGAGGUCAUAGAACAGCUGCGCAAGCCCACUGCGUUGGUCUGCAGCACGAGAGGGGGCGACAAGUUCGCCCUGCCUGGAGGACGGAAGAAGCGCGACGACUUGUUGUUGGAUAUGAUCCGGAGUACCUUGGCUAAGGGUGGAACGGUUCUCAUCCCAACCGACACGAGUGCGCGCGUGCUGGAGCUGGCUUACGCGUUGGAACAUGCGUGGCGUGAUGCUGCCGCCAGCGGCUCGGAGGAUAAGACACUCAAAGAAGCUGGGCUGUAUCUCGCGGGUAGAAAGGUCCACACUACGAUGCGAUUGGCGCGAAGCAUGCUGGAAUGGAUGGACGAGAAUAUCGUUCGCGAGUUUGAGGCGGCCGAAGGUGUUGAUGCGACGACUGGCCAGUCGAUCCAGCGACCUGGAGGACAAAAGGAUGAGAAGGGAGUUGGUCCUUUUACAUUCAAGAACCUGAAGCUUGUCGAGCGGAGGAAGAAGCUGGAAAAGAUCCUGGCGGACCAGACGCCCAAAGUCAUUCUGGCGUCCGAUUCUUCGUUGGAUUGGGGUUUCGCUAAGGAAUCGCUGCGCCUUAUUGCCGAAGGCUCAAAUAAUCUACUCUUAUUGACCGAGUCUCUUCACAAGGAACGGCUACAGGAAGAUCAGGAGGGCGCUCAACGACGCACUCUCGGUGGCAUGAUCUGGGAUUGGUAUGAAGAGAGGAAAGACGGCGUAGCCUUGGAGAAAGCUGCGGAUGGAGAAAUGAUCGAGCAGGUGCACAGCGGCGGCAGAGAGCUGUCUUGGACAGAUGUACGACGCGCGCCUCUUGAUCCCGGCGAGCAAAUGCUAUAUCAACAAUAUCUUGCUACGAAAAGACAGCUGCAAGACGCAUCCCAAGCCAGAGGCCAGGAGAAUAUCGACAACACCGCAGAUGCACUAGACGACCGGUCCAGCUCUACGUCUGAAGAUUCGGAGACGGAGCAGCAGGGCAGAGUCUUGAAUUUCACCACGUCUAUUGCACACGCAAACCGCAGCAAGCUCGGUCUGAGCGAUGAAGAUCUCGGUGUUAACAUUCUCCUGCGGCGAAAGCAUGUGUAUGACUGGGACGUGCGUGGUAAGAAGGGCCGUGAGCGGAUGUUCCCGUAUGUGGCUCCACGAAAGAAAGGCGACGAGUAUGGGGAGUUCAUCCGGCCCGAAGAAUACCUUCGAGCAGAGGAGCGUGAGGAAGUUGACAUGCAGCAACGGCGGACUGAAUCUCAGACGAAACUGGGACAGAAACGCCGAUGGGAUGAGACGGGGCCAGGUGGACGUCGGCUCUCUGGCUCUGGAUCGAAACGCCAGCAAUUGUCUGAUGGCCAGAGGAGGGAUACCAGCGUUGCCGAUGACUUGAGUCUUGCAGAGGACGGAGAGGGUGGUGAAGACGCGGUGGUGUCAGAGGAUGAAGCCGACCAGUCGUUUGAGGGGCCUGCGAAAGCUACCUAUGAAAAGGAAACUCUCACGAUUAAUGCGCGUCUUGCCUUUGUGGAUUUCCGAGGUCUGCACGAUAAGCGCAGCUUGGAAAUGCUCAUUCCACUCAUUCAGCCUCGGAAGCUGAUCCUUGUCGGAGGCAUGAAGGGCGAAACAACCGCACUGGCCACAGAGUGCAGAAAACUAUUGGCGGCCAAGGCUGGUGUUGAUGUGGCUUCCUCGACCGACUCGGCGAUUAUCUUCACGCCCGCCAACGGCGAGGUUGUCGAUGCUAGCGUGGAUACGAACGCGUGGAUGGUCAAGCUGAGCAACAAUCUCGUCCGCCGUCUGAAAUGGCAGCAUGUCCGCAGUCUGGGCGUGGUCACCCUGACCGCACAGGUCCGAGGACCUGAUGUCGCGCCUCCUGACGAAACGGCCGAUGCACCCAGCAAGAAGCAGAAAUUAGAAGGCGAAGCUUCGACAACUACCGAACCGGACUCUUCGGCGACAACGGCUGUUCAAGCGAAGCCAACUACCGACAAGACCGAUGUGUAUCCUCUCCUGGAUAUUCUUCCAGCCAACAUGGCAGCCGGCACGAGGUCCAUGACUCGCCCGCUGCAUGUUGGUGAUCUGCGUCUGGCUGAUCUCCGUAAGCUGAUGCAGGGGGCCGGACACAGGGCGGAAUUCCGCGGUGAGGGAACGCUCCUCAUCGACGGGACCGUCGCCGUCCGCAAGUCUGGCACGGGCAAGAUUGAGAUCGAGGCUUCUGCUCAGGCGUCCCACGCUGCUCCUGGACGUGGAGUUGGAAGUUUCCUUGCCGUGAAACGAAAGAUAUAUGAAGGCCUGGCGGUCAUUGCCGGCGGCUAA